UACAUUACAUUGAAAACCAACACCACAAUCCAAACAUUAGAAUACAAUAUAGUGGCUUUGCGUUGCUGUUCGUUUUAACCAGCCUAUAGACUCAAACAUUAACAACUACCUUCCCACUUUCACUUCUGUUUACUGCGCUGCCAGAUGUUUGCGCACUUCCUGAACACCCAUUUUUUUUAUAGGAGGGGGUCCUUUUUGGGAAAAUUGACGACAAAUCUUGCCCUGUGAAUUCCUUAGAUGUUGUCCUUAGGUGACUCUUAGAACAACCGUGGACGUUUUAGCUGACAUUGGAGUGCCAUAAAAGAUGGACUAUCGGCCUUUCAGAAACGAUGUGGGAGGAAGUCACGGCAUCGCUAAUCCGGGUUACUUCACAGCAGCCGAGGGCCCUCCUGCAAUGUUCGCCCCACCCAUGGCUGACGCUUCUGGUCCUAGUGCUCCACCAGCCGGCAUGUUCGACAGCAUGCCGGGAUACGAAGGCACUGUGGCUGGGGGAGGAGGAUUUCUGCCUCCUCCGAUGCCUGCGCAUCCUACUCCCCAACCUCAACCUGGACCUGAGCAACCGCAGUGGAAUAUUCCAUCCAUAAGUGAGAGUACAGCGCGGGAAGCUUUUGCUCUGUGGGCCUCCAGCAAGUGUUGUUACAGUUCAGCACCAGCAAAAGAUGGCGUGAUCACCGGCAUGGAGGCUUUUAAUACCUACAGGUAUCGCUUGGAAACCUUCACUGAGUCGAGAUCUACUGAGUGGAGUCACGAGCCAUACAAUGGACAACCAGUGGAUGCAUACGCCCAACCCCCUCCAGGGCCGUGGGAUAUUGCUGCUGCAUCACCCAGUUAUUUUGUGAAUGGCAAACAAAUCAUCAAAGUUCCCAACACUUCAUCUAUGAAGAGCUGCCAUGUUUGUGUUGGAAUGGGGAGAAAACCUUGCAAAGACUGUGCUGGGGCUGGCAAUAAAGUUUGUUGGGUGUGCAAUGGAGCUGGCUUCCGUCAUGGAGAUGAGCGAUGCAAUCACUGCUUCGGCAGAGGAAGGGAAAACUGCCACCACUGCCAGGGGCAAGGAUCCACGCAAUGUCCCACAUGUCAGGGAAAACAGCAGCUUUUGGUCUACAUCAACCUGACUAUAAAAUGGACAAACAACAGUGAUGACUAUGUUGUGGAGCAGUCCAGUGGCCUAAAGGUGGAUAACCUCAGCGAAGUGUCUGGGAAGGAGCUUUUCAGGGAUGCUCAGUACUUGGUGUACCCAGUGAUGGGCUUCCCGGACCCUGCCGUGGUAAAUGCUGCACAGCGUUUAGUCAGUGAACACCAGGGCAGGUUCUCCCGCACUUCUCGCAUUCUGCAACAGCGUCAAACCAUUGAGCUGAUUCCUGUGACCAAGGUUACCUACUCAUGGAAAGGGAAAACCAACCUUUACUUUGUUUACGGCAAUGAAUUCAAAGUCAGUGCUGAGAACUACCCUGCGACCUGUUGCUGUACUGUGAUGUAACCGCAGUUGCUGCAAUGUAAUUCAUUCCGUGUGCCUUCUUUAAGCGCAGGAGCAACUCGUAACAUCCUUUAAUUUGACAUUCUAUGCAGUUAAUAUACGCCACUUAUGUGUCUUCUGUAAAUUCACGACCGUCCUGACAAUUUUUGUUUACCUAAUGCAUGCUGCCCAACACAAUAAUUGCCUGGAAAAUGAUGAAAUGUAAACUUAUUCAUUGUACUGUAUAUUGAAAUUUCUUUGCUCGUUCAUUUUUCUAAAAUGUUUUUCUAAAACACUGCAACACGUGUUUGAUUUCUGUUUUGAUAAUCUUUCCAAAAGAAUGUUUUGUAACAUGAUAUGGCACAUGUUUUGUAUACUUGUUUAAGACGUAUAUGCUUUUGCAUGAAAUACAAAAAAAUAAUAAUCUGCAUUCAUUGAAUAAUUCGAAUAAAGUGUU